AUGUUAAAGGAGGCUGAUGAGUAUGACGCGAUUAUCAAAGCAUCAUCUCUGGAUGAUGUAACGCUGUCCAAGCAUGCCCAAACAAUCAUUAAUGCAUUUAAGGUCACAUUACCUUCCACCAAACAUAUCCGAUCUGUGUUACGAACCCAUGGAAACCCAGUCGACUUCGAUUUAUUUGAACACGCGGACUUCGGGUUUAUCGAAACCACAACAAGACAUUUUAUGGUGCUGGUUGAAAGCCCAAGAAAUCCUCUUCUAGGCAGCAUCAACGGACGAACAACAGCAAUACACACCACCACGAUCGUCCUAAAUCAGCUAUUCAUAUCAUUCAAUGAUGUAUUAGCUUUAUAUUGGAUCGAAAAAGAACACUGUACAACCAAGAAAAGAAAGUGGGACGGCGUUAUCGUAUCGGUUAAGGAUCAAAGGCUGUCGAUUUCAUUAGUAGAGUUUUCAGGCGGUAUUAAUUCAAAUAACACUCAGGCCAAGGAAAAACAUGAUAUUACCAAGCUAUACAAUAACAUGGUCAAAGUUAUUGAAAAUAUACCAGAGGAGCAGAAAAAGCAAGUCUUUGCAGUUAGGUUCUUCAGUAAAAUUCGUACAUUUAUUUCGAGAAGCUUCUUUUGCUGUAUCCCCUAUAUUCGAGACUUUAUCUUGCACAAUGAUAACUAUAUCCGUUGCGAACACAGCAAAUUCGAGUGUCCAACAACUGCAAGAAGUCUCUUAAAGUAUGUCGAAGAGGUUCCCAACAUGUUGAAAUGGAGGGAUGCUGUUGUAAACCAUGCUUUACAAAAUUGA